AUGUGGUCAAAUGCUCGCACCAUAGCAGCUGGUGAUAUUGUCAUUGUCUGGCUCACCCGUGAUCUCCUUCAACCACUGCUCAUAACACCCAACAAAGACUUCAACAGUAGAUUCGGCAACUAUCGACACAACGACUUUAUCGGCAUCCCCUAUGGCUCCAAGGUCGGCGCACCCAGCGGCAAAGGCUUUAUUCACCUGUUACGGCCAACACCAGAGCUGUGGACAAUGGCGCUGCCCCAUCGAACACAGAUUCUGUAUCUCGCCGACAUCGCGUUCAUCACCUCGCAGCUCAACAUCAAGCGUGGCAGUCGAGUCAUCGAGGCAGGAACUGGCUCAGCAUCAUUCUCCCACUCCGUUAUACGCUCCGUUGGUUCUGCCGGCCAUCUCUGGUCAUACGAGUUCCACGAGGCCAGGGCUGCGAAAGCUAGUUUGCUCGUCAUGGUCUCCUCGACAGUCGUCACCCUCACUCACCGCAACGUCCUGAUGUAUAUAGUAUUCCUUGAUAUCCCAGCCCCAUGGGACGCCAUCGAGCAUGCAAAGAAGGCUCUUCGGAAAGACUGUAUCACCCGAAUAUGCUGCUUCAGUCCAUGCAUGGAACAGGUCCUACGCACCGUAAGCGCUCUCAACGAUGCCGGCUUCACCGACAUAACAAUGUACGAAACCCUUCUCCGCCCACACGACGUAUCCCAGAUCCCCGCCCUCCCCUCCAUCGAUGACGCCGCCGAGAAACUCAAACGCGCAGAACUCAAGCGCGAAGAAAAACGCCUAAAACAGAUCGCCCAAGGACAGCGCACCAAACGGAAACGAGAAGGCGACUCGGCGGACCCUGACGCGCUCCUCGAGGUAAAACGUACCAAAACGGAAGAUGCCACGGAAGAGAUCUCCGUGAAAACAGACGAGAUCCCACAAGAUCUCACAACACCGAACACGAACAACAAGUUUAGCGUGUCGAAGGUGAUGUCGGAGGUGAGGGGGCAUACGUCUUACCUGACGUUUGCCUGCCUUUUGCCUGACAUAUCACUGAUAUGUGCGUCGAAUCAUUAAAAAUAAAAAUAUCUGCCAUGUUGCCCACUAUGCCGAUCAAAUAUUUGGUAUGUAAUGGAGGCUAGGAAAUGUCCAAAGUCUCUCUUCUCGUAGUGAUUCACAGUCGGAUACAAUGUUUGCCAUUGCCCAAAUACUUAUGCGGAAGUCAUUGCUAGCAUCUUGCAUCCCACUAUGUGUUUCAUCUAACGCCCUUUCUACGCCCCCCUCAAACAUCGCCGACUCCGAAUCCAUUCCCCGAUGCGGGCCAUUUGCGGCUUUCGUUUUGUCGCGCGUGUCGUUUUUUUUUCUUCCGGUUUUUUUUUCUAAAGCGCGAGAGAAGAGCCACCUU